GGGGAAAUUAAAACAAAACAAAACAAAAUAACCUAUAGCAAACAAACCUUACAAACGUCAAACUAAUAUAUCUAACCUAUAAGAUUUUCUUUCAAAUUGCUUUAACCGGUCGAGUGAGAAUUUCUUCGAUAGAAAUAAUGAGCCAAGAUCGUAAUUACUUUUUAUAUUUAAAUUUAUUGUUCCUUCCUUAGUCCUUGGCCUAAGUGACCAAGCAAUUGUUUUUCCAAGAGACCAACUGAAUUAAUCAUGUCAUGUUUUGAAAAAUGCUCAAAUGCAGGUAUGAACUUAGAACUAGAAAGGAAAAAAGAAUUCGAAAGAAGAAAGAAACUACGACUGCUGCAGGUAAGACAGCAGUCCAAAGAAUUUGCAGAUCAGCUUAGAGGAAGAAUCAGAGGAGAGAUUAUUAAACAAAAAACUAAGUAUUUAGAAGCAGAAAACAAAUUAAAACAGGAAGAACACUUAAAAGAACUGCGCCAUUUGAAAGAACUGUAUGAUAAAUGUCUCCAGUCCAUUGGCAAUGGCCAUAAAGAAGCCUCUAAGCAACCUGAUAUAAAUUUGGAAAAGCAAACGCAAUUGGAUAGAAUAGUUGAACAAGCAGCAAAGAGAGGAACCAAAGCAAUAAAAAAACAAAUCGAGGACAAAACAAUACAAAAACAAACACGUGAAGCUCCAGUCAAACAAAAGAAAGUUAUUCGAAACAAGGAAAAUUUAAGAGCAUUUUUUAUUUCUUCAUUACCAAAAAAUUCUAAAAAAGAUGAUUCAAUCUCUCCUCCAAAAACUUCCCACCAAAACACAGAGACUCUACAAGUUAGAAGAGUUUUGGAAGACAUACCGAGUAACAUAAACAACGGCAAUUCUAAAGCCCCUGAACAAAGCCGGAAAAACGUUGAGAGUGUGAGCGUGCUUAAAACUGUUUCAAAGGUUGGAGAAAAAGUACAAUCUAGGGAACAGGGCUUGCCUGAAACUGUUGUUACCGAGACCAAACCGGCAGAUUGCACAUCAGUUGUUUCUUCUCCUAGAGAUUGCAGUUGCGACUACAUAGUCUGUCUUUGUCAUCAAAGUCCACCAGAUUUGAGACGUUCUUCCUCAGAAUCCCGACUCAGCUGUGACAGAGUCCCAGUUUUUGACGAUCCUGUAAAAAAGAAAUAUAGAAGGCGCUCUAGUUCACCGCAAAGUGUCAGAACCUUAAAAUAUUUUGGAUGUGGAAAUGUUUAUGAAAGUAAUCAGCGGAGCAGUGUGAGAGUUACACACCACUCAAGGUCUCCAAAGAGAACUGAAGAACAGUCAGAAAAAGUUAAAUCGAGUACAGUUGCUGAAGUUCCUAUCGAACAAUCCAUCGAAGAGCUUAAAAAACGAGCUGAGGAAAGAAGUGCCAAAGCUUUAAAAAAGGAACAACUAAAGAAGGAUUUUCAACAGCUUAUCAACAACUUGAAGAAAUUAUCUCAAGAAAAGUCUGUGAUAAGCAGCAAAACCAAAGGAAAGUCCAGAGUAUUUGCCAGUGAACGAGACAUCCAAUCAAGAAACGAAAAAAAGCAGAAGAAACUGAAUGAUGCUUUUGAAAAACUACCACACAGCCUGAAAUCAAACAAAGCUCAAAACUCAGGUACUGAAAAACAAAAACCAAACCAAGUUCCUUCUGACGAGUCAUCUCCACCUACGUUAAAUCUUGCUUUGUGUCAGUCAAACAUGUCUCCUCCAGCAUCUCGAAGAGUGGUUUCUGAGAUAUCAAUUUCAGACACCUCGUCUGCAUAUAGUGGUGGUAGCAAGAGGAUGAAAAAAAGAGCAAAGUCAUCCUCGUCCUCAACAAGAUUACGAGCUGAAUCACCAGAAGUCCUUGUCAAAAGAGAUCCUUCUGGAGAUGUCCACAUUACUGUAAAGGUCAGCGAAGUUCUCUCACGACCAAAGUCAAAGUCACCAUCUCCACCCUCAAGGAGAAGACACAUUUCACCGAGGUCCGACUCUUCUUACAUGAGCCCUCCUUCAAACUUGACUCCUUCACAGCAACAUCUGCUGAAUGCUUUAUUGUCUCAGGUGAACAAGAGAGGGAUCGGCGAUGAGAUGAGGAAAUACAUCAAGAAGCUUUUAAACAUGAGUCGUGAGAGUAUUGACAAUCUUCAUUCACAAUCUCGACCACAAACGCCAUUGAACAAAGAUUUGGAGCAAGAUUUUGCCAAACUUAGCCAGCUGGCAGAGGUUUACGCUGAGAAGGUGAACACACUAGUAGACAUGUACGAGCAGAUGGGCUUACCCUCCCCUUUGAGUCCUGCGGGAUAUGUCGAUCCUAUACGAGCUCCUCCAAGUGAAAUUCAGCAAAGAACACCCACUCCGAGGAGUACGAGGUCUGCAUCGCCUACAAUGAGACCUAUGAUUUCUCCUUCUGUGGAGCGCUUCAGGACGCCCAGCCCCACCCAGAGGCCCAAGAUGACUUCACCUUCGCCUUCCUCCUCAGGGUAUCGUCUUACUCAACCCCACUACACCCCUUCCUCUCCUGGUCCCCUCUGGACACCAGAACAGAUACAAGAAUCAGUCUCCCGUUACCACCAUCCGGAGAGACCUCAGACUGAAACUCCUAGUUACAUUCCUUCCAUGCCCAUACCUGCUAGUCCCUGGGGAAGUCCCCAUAUUCCGCCUGUAGCCCCGCCUGGCAGUCGGGACUCCAAGAUACCAAUUGCUGUUGGGAGACAACCCCGUCCCAUCCUAAGUCCUUCCAUACCUGGACCUCAUAGCAGAGCUGAUACUCCUAUCAAACCUUCACAACAUAUGAUGCACCAUCUGGGGAAUAAAAGACAAUACAAAUCACGUACACAAAUUUGUCCUAUUUCAGACUCACCAAGUACUACCAAGCCUCAAGGAAAAAAGACAUGGCAGUAUGGUAGAUCUGAGACGAACCUACAACACACUCCUCCUAACCUGUGUCCUUCAUCCUCGGGACCGUCCCCUUUUCCUGGCCGGGAACAAUGCACGCCUCCCUUGAGAGUUGAAAACCGUAGAGUUAGGUUUCCUCAGGAUUCUGAGAGAUCUGUUGGUGGUCUCAAUACGAUUAAUGAAAGUCCAGAGUGUGCCAAUAUAUCAGCAAAUACAGCUGACACAAUGGAGUUAAUGUUUGGAGGAAUACCCGGCGUUCAGGUGCCCACAAGGGAGGAGUGUGCUGCCAUGGCGCAGAGGAGUUGCUCACCCGGCUCAACACUCCCACUACCUGACGACUGGGACAUGCAGGCUUGGUUCUCGGAGAAGCGCCAGCAAAUACUGCAGCAAGGGACGGAUUGUGACAGAAAUUCAUACAGUCCAGAUAAAAGGGUCCAAACUGGUUUACCAAAGAGUCCAGAAAGAUCGGCUCCUCAAAAUCCUUUCAGCCCAGGUCAAAACAAAAGUCCUGUUUUUAGUGGUUUUACUCAAGAUUUCGGAGAGUUUGCACAAGAUGACUUUAACAACAAUUUCACUGAUAUGGAUUUCAACAUGGGUAUCGAUGCUGUGCUCCAAGAAGAAGCACGUGGCGACGACUAUGUAGAAUACCCAGAAGAUUUCCCACCACCGACAGAUGUGUUUGGACCCGGCUUUGACUGGGAAACUGCCAACUUUGACCAGCCAAAUUUCCCAAGAUCAUUCCCAGGUGAAUCUCUUGCAGGACACUCAAUGUCCAGCGCGGGUAGUGUCAAACUGGACACAAGCUUUGACACGUCAGCUCUACAAGGUCCUGUGAAUCCAGACAGGUUGAACGCCAUCAGGAAGAAACUUUCAAACAUCUGUAACGAUCAGUAUCGCAACAUACUGGAGAUGCUGAAGGAAGACGCUUCAUCACAUCAGUUGGCGUAUGGGAAUCUCUUGAGACGGGCGACAUCAGACCCGUUUUUGGAUCCUAAUGCAACUCUCGCUCCUAUUGGGUCUCCAGGCAAGUCAUAUUCUGGGUCUGAGUACACUGUGCCUCGACAUGUUAGUUCUCCUGGGAGUACAAGAUCAGGGUUUGAAGCUACUGGUAGAACACCUCCAGCAGACAAACCUGUGAGUGAUUACGGCUCACCUGACUGGAGUAGUUCCUUCCCCUCGUAUCUCAGCUCUGACCCAAAUACCCGUAGUGGAGGUCUAAACUCUUUCGACACAAGCCCUCAAUACUGUGACUUCAAUGAUGUGUAUAGUAACUUGGAUAACCUGAUGCUUCUGAUGAAAAACCACCAAGAGAGGCAGUAAUUGUUGUUUUGUCCUGAGUAAUUGUUGUUUUGCGGUCUAUGAGAAACAAUGUCAAUAAAUGUGCUUAUGUCUUCUGA